AUGGUGGAUUGCAUGUCUAUAUUGACUCGAAUUCUGCUCAUCUCCUGCUGUUUUCUGACUGUACAUUGUGCACAACCCAAUUGUACAUCUGUGACUGACUUUGAUGACUGUCCAGGGAAUACAACAGGUUUUUGUCCAGAGAACAUUGUUUGUACAUGCAAAGAUGGAGAGCCUUUUUGCAAAUGUCCAAAUUUCAGAGGUCAAUGGGGAAAUUAUUGGUACAUGGGGGCGAAAUGUGACCAACUCUGGAAUACUCUGGACCUGAUUUUAGUAGCAGUGUUGCCUGGAAUAGGACUGGCUUUAAUAGUUGGUGUAACAAUCCAGACUAUCCACUACUGUAAAAAGAAGUCGAAGAAGAAUAUAAAUGAUCACCGAGGACAGAAGAGUUUAUCAGGACUCCAACUUCAGCAUAAUUCUGCAUAUACUUUUGAUACUGCUAUGAGACCUUCUCAACCCGAUCAAGGCCAGAAACCCUGGAGCCCAUCCCUUCAGAGUGUCCUUCCCAGAAGUCCUAUAUCUCCACCACCACAGUUCUCUGGAAGAAAUUACAACUUUAUGAUUCAUGAGCCCAAGGACGUCAAUCCUUACAUCAAUCCAUCUUAUAAUUGGGAUAGCUCUCUGGAAACAGCUAAAUCUGAAGCAAAUUAUGGGAACAAGUAUUCUUCAACCAUGCACAUGAAGCCAUUCUUCAGUUCUUCCACACCAGGAGUUCCAAAGUCAAGCCACAUUCAAAGAGAGAGACAACAAAUUGGAUAUCCAAGUUCUGAAGAGCCAGAAAUCCCUUAUAGGAUAGGACGUGCAAAAAUGAAAUUCAACUAUUAAA